AUGUCACCCCAUGACUACGCGGACCGUCAGUCUGAAUCCGUAGCGGAUGGGGUGACCGCAAUGAAGCUGGAGACUGACGGCACCCCGGAUACUCCCAUCCUUAAAAGCGGCGAUGCCAUGGCCAGGGAUGACUCCAGUAGAGCAUCGAAUUCACCUCCCACAAUUGCUCAGAAUGGCUUGGGUGCAUCGGCGGUCAAAUCGCGGUCCUCUUCGCAGACGCCCAUCAAAAAAGAAGGAGAUGAACUUGAUGGCCCUGCUUUCAUCGCGGAGGGGAAAAUCGGAGGCGAUAUUACGGUUAAGAUGGACCCUGGGCAGCCUCCAAAAUUGACUCGCAGCUCUUCACAGAAGGUGGUUCCGCAGCCACCCCAGUUGUUCUCGCAUUUACCAGAUCGUACUGUGGAAGCUCAGUCUACUUUUGAGCUGAUGGAUACUUGUUCGUAUGCCAACAAAUACAUGGGAUAUACAGAACAUGCGAUGGAAUGUGACUGUGCUGAAGAAUGGGAAUCGACCAUCGGCAAAAACCUGGCAUGUGGAGAGGACUCCGACUGUAUCAACCGCGCAACCAAGAUCGAAUGUAUGGGAGAUUGUGGAUGUGGUCCGGAAUGCCAAAAUCAACGAUUUCAGCGCAAAGAGUACGCUCCGGUGGCCGUCAUCAAGACCGAAAAGAAGGGGUUUGGUCUGCGUGCCGAGGCGGACCUGCGACCGCAUCAGUUCAUCUUCGAAUAUGUGGGCGAAGUUAUCAACGAGGGCCUAUUUCGACGUCGUAUGCGGCAGUAUGAUAUGGAAGGAAUCAAACAUUUUUAUUUUAUGUCCCUCAGUAAGGGCGAAUUUGUCGAUGCGACUAAAAGAGGCAAUUUGGGGCGAUUCUGUAACCACUCAUGCAAUCCCAACUGUUAUGUCGACAAGUGGGUGGUCGGGGAGAAGCUCCGAAUGGGCAUCUUUGCCGAACGAAGCAUUCAGGCGGGCGAAGAGCUUGUCUUUAACUACAAUGUGGACCGCUACGGAGCCGACCCUCAGCCCUGCUAUUGUGCGGAACCCAAUUGCACCGGUUUCAUCGGUGGGAGGACACAGACAGAACGUGCAACUAAGUUGUCGAAUGCUACAAUUGAGGCCUUGGGUAUUGAUGAUGCGGAGAGCUGGGAUACUGCAGUAGCGAAGCGCCCGCGUAAGAAGAAGAUGGGCGAGGAUGAUGAAGAAUACGUCGAUAGCGUGCAACCCAAGUCUCUGGACGAGAACGGCGUCACCAAAGUCAUGGCGGCUUUGAUGCAGUGCAAGGAGAAAUGGAUCGCAGUCAAGCUUUUGGGUCGGAUACAACGUUGUGACGAUGAGCGUGUUCGCAAUCGUGUCGUUAAGAUGCAUGGGUAUCAGAUACUCAAUUCUCAACUGACCAUGUGGAAGGAAGAUACCAAUGUUGCACUGCAAAUUUUGGACAUCUUGGAUGGAUUCCCUCGCCUGACACGCAACAAGAUCAUCGAUUCGAAGAUCGAGUCUACCAUCCAGCCGCUGACAAACUGCGGGGAGGAGCGGGUAGAAAAGAAGGCGACCACACUGUUGCAGAGUUGGUCAACGCUUGAGGUUGGUUAUCGUAUCCCUCGGAUGAAAAGGGAUCCAAAUGCGUCUGCACAGGCUGUCAAUCAGUUCGAGCGACGAGAGACGACCGUCCGUGAUGAACGACGACGGUCCAAGUCGCGCACCCGGUCAAGAUCGAGAUCAAUCGAGGCACCUCGCGGGCCGGCUUCUCAAGGCCGUGGGGGGCAUGGUCCACGAAAUUCCCACCAUCACGGCCCCAGGUCAUUUCGGCGUCAAUUCAACCCACUUCCGGCAGGAUGGUUUGCUGCCGAGUCGAACGGUAGGACAUAUUACUACUCUGCACGGGGUGAGACCACGUGGACACGCCCAACGAUGCCAGCACCACAGCCUCCUCCACCACCAAAGGAGGCAAGAGACAAGGCGCUGCAGGAUAUUAUUGAUGGCAUCAUGAACGCCAAGGAAAAUACGCCAAAAGAGAAGAGUGGCACGCCCAUCACGCCGCAAGCGUCCAAACCUACCCCAGAUACGAAGGAAGGGCAGGAGAAGUGGAGGAGUUACAGCGAGGAGAAACGGAAGAAGCUUUACGAGAAUACGUUGUUUCCCCACGUGAAAUACGUGGUGGACAAGUUCAAACACAAACUUCCGAAAGAUGAUCUAAAGCGAUACGCCAAAGAUGUGGCUAAGAAGCUGGUCAACUCGGACUUCAAGAACAACCGGGUGGAAGAUCCCACGAAAAUCGACGAAAAACAGCAAAAGAAAGUAAAGAAAUUCUGCAAGGAAUUCUUCGACAAAGCCGUGGCGAAACAUCGAGCCUAUGAACACCGGAAGGCUCAAAUGCAGGCCAAGGAGACGGAAUCGAAGACGGAUGAUACGCCGCAAGUCCCCAGCGACGACGAAGCCGAAGACGUCAAGCUCUCUGACGACGAAGGGGACAAGGUCGGGGAGAAGGAGAAAUCUGCGAGCGUAGAAGACGCCCAACUCGGCGUAAAAAGGAAACGAGAAGAGGAGUCCAGUGCAGGUGAUGGAUCUCACGACGACGAAGCCACUUCGUCUUCCAAACGACAACGAUCGUCAACACCGCCGCCCCCGCCACCCCCGCCGCCUCCGGACGAGGACAACGAUAAUCGCGAGGAGGAUAUGGUCGACUUGGUGGAUCCGAAUCGAUACCAUUCCCAUGCUCUAUCCAAUGGGGGAUAUACUAAUAAUGAUGAUAAUAAUAACCUCCAGCGAUCGCAAUUCGGCAUUGAGGGAAAAGUAUAG